GCGGCGUUCGCAGAGUCGGCAAGAAGACCCAGUUACCGCUCCCUGACGUACUCGCUCGCGCUCCCUUCUCCGCCUCCUCCUCCUCCUCCCCCUCGUCCUCACCCGCGAACUGCUUCUGACUGCUUCCAGCAGAGGCAGCGGCGCUCCCAUUGAUCAGGGGUCUUCCAGAUCUCCCCUGAGCCUUUCCAGCUCCUCACGCCUGGGCACCGAGUCAGCCCGCUCGUCCCCUCAAAGUGGCAACUUCUGAAGAACGCGGUCAGAUGCCAGAAGGAGCUUCUAGGGUGACGGACAGCCUGUCCCACCGCGUUAAAGGAGACAGCUAAAAUAUAGAUGUGCAGGUUUUUAAAGCAGUUUCUCAGAUGGAUCACCUCAGAGGAACAUUUCACCAAGAUGCCUGAGACUAUGGAAUAAACAGAAUAAUACUUAUGGAAUUAAAAUUACUGUAUAUAUUAAAUUGUUCUGGUUCAACAAGACCUGAAAGGUUACUUUAUCAUACUAUUAAUUUACAUAUUUACUGAAAUUUGCUUCUGAUGCAGCUAAGAAAAAUGCAGUCCAUUAAAACAGAAGAGGCAUCUGCUGACACAAGUGGCAACAUGGACAAAAUUAUGGUUCUUAAUUCUACACUGACUGAUGUAUCGGAUGACUUAGCUACUGGUGAUGAAAUGUUACUUGCAGAAGGAUCCAUUAUAAAAAACAAGGCUUCAGCAUGCAGGAGAAAGCGGGAAUUCAUUCCAGAUGAAAAGAAAGAUGCGAUGUACUGGGAAAAACGGCGGAAAAAUAACGAAGCUGCCAAAAGGUCUAGGGAAAAGCGGCGACUGAAUGAUCUUGUUUUAGAGAACAAGCUAAUUGCACUGGGAGAAGAAAAUGCCACUUUAAAAGCUGAGUUACUUUCACUGAAGUUAAAAUUUGGUUUAAUAAGCUCUUCUGCAUAUGCCCAAGAGAUUCAGAAGGUCAACAAUUCAACAGUUCUUUAUUUUCAAGAAUAUCAGAAUUCCAAAUCAAGCGUUAAUACUUUCAUCGAUGAACAUGAGCCAACUAUUGUAAGCAGUAGUUGCAUAUCUGUCAUUAAGCACUCACCACAAAGCUCUUUAUCUGAUGUAUCUGAAGUGUCAUCAGUAGAGCAUACUCAAGCAAGCCCCAUACAAAACCAUUGCAGAAAUACUGAUGAUAAAUUCCAAAUCAUAAAGCAGGAACCUAUGGAAUUAGAAAACUAUGCAAGAGAUUCACGAGAUGAAAGAGGGUCCUUUACGACUUCAAUAUAUCCAGGCUUCAUGGGAAGCCAUUUUAAUGGCUAUUCACAUUCCCCUCCACUGUUGCAAGCAAACAGGUCCUCCAGCAAUUCUCCAAGGACUUCAGAAACUGAUGAGGGUGUUGUGGGAAAAUCAUCAGAUGGAGAAGAUGAGCAGCAGGUUCCUAAAGGUCCAAUCCAUUCUCCCGUUGAACUUAAAAAUGCUAAUGCCAUAGUUAAGGUUCCAGAGGUAAGCUCUUCUGCACUUCCUCAUAAACUGAGAAUUAAGGCAAAGGCCAUGCAAGUCAAAGUGGAAACAUUGGACAAUGAAUACGAUGCCACACAGAAACGACUGUCACCUAUUGAUAUGUCAUCUAAAAGACAUUUUGAUCUUGAAAAGCAUAAUGCACAAAAUUUAGUACAUAAUACUCACACUCCUUUCUCAAUUCAAGUGACUAAUAUCCAAGACUGGUCUCUGAAACCAGAACACUGGCACCAUCAAAAAGAACUGACUGAAAAAUCUCAGAGUGGUGGCAAAACUGCAGGGCUUGAUGUUAAAGACAAUUCCUACAAAGUCUCUGAGACAGAAAACUUGUACUUGAAACAGGGCGUAGCAAAUUUGUCUGCAGAGGUUGCUUCACUUAAGAGACUUAUAACUACACAACACAUCUCUGCUUCAGACUCUAGCUAAAUGACUACUGAGUAAUUAUUAUUUUAAAGGAUGUCAUUUGCAGUAGAUUGGUAUGUUUUGUAUUACGCUGAAUUUUCACUGGACUUGGAAUGUCAUUUCACUGUAAGGUUCACAUAAUGUCUGAUGGAUGAUGUGUUUUUGUGCACAGAUGACUGUGGAGAUGAGAUUGUCAAGAUCACUAGCCUUGUGUAUGGUGAAGAUGCCUAUGUACAUGCUGUAUAUAUAGUGAACAUUAUUUUUCUGUCAUUCUGUUACUAUAAAGUGUGAAAGUUGCCAGUUCCAAUAAAAAAAUUGGUGACAAGCACAAA